GAUGCUAAAAUGGUCUCACUUGGAUUAAAAAAUGAGAGGAGUGCUAAAUUACUUCCUACCGCCGUGCCGUCUGUGAACGCAAACCUCUCUGCUUGCCCCGUCCCGAGGUCGAGAGACACCGUCUGCCGCAAGCGAGAAAUUGCCACGAUGUUGACAGACGCCUCACAGCAGGAGACUGUGGACAGUGUAGAUACUGUGGAGAGUGUCGAUACUGGGGAUCAGCCCUUGCCCUCCUCCACUUCUGACGCUGGGACACAGUGUUCUUUGAAGCCCCCCCGAUGGUCUCACGCUGUGCAGGUUAACCUGAAGCCCAAGAUGGUCAGCGUGGGCACACAGACAUCAUUCGGCACACAAACCUCCACUCCCCUUGCUAGUCCUGAACAGACAGAUGAAGAUGAUGAUAAUGCCUCUGUCAUCAGUGACUUAUCGUGGGUGCCCGAAGAGCCGAUGCAUGAGGAGGACUUGUUUGAUGAUGAGCCACCUUACACGUGUGACCCCCAUCACAAUGGCAUUGACAAAUUCAUUGUUUGCCAAGAGGAGCUGAUGGGCCUUUUUGUUAUCUGUCCGGCCUGUUGUGAGAGGUCAGAUAGUAGCAUCGUGCAGCAGGAAGGAACUUUUCUUAAGAUCAAGCAGGUCUGUGCAUCAUGUGGCUACCACCGUUUCUGGCAAAACCAGCCAAUGCUCCACAGGAACAUGCCGACCUGCAACCUCCUGUUAAGCGGGGCCAUUCAUUUCACUGGAUGUUUGGCCACCCAGACAUUAAGAAUGUUGACUCUGUUUGGCCUGCAGUGCAUCAGUGCGAGCAGUUACUUUCGCCAUCAGCGCCGCUACACCAUCCCUGUAAUCGUUCAGGCCUGGCAAAACGAUCAAGCGAAGAAUUUUAGUGACCUACGGGCAAUGGAUGGCGGGCUAGUUCUUGCUGGUGACUGCAGGUCAGAUUCUCCUGGGCACUGCUUGCAAGUAUGGAUCCUACUCUCUGAUCGAGGACAGAGUGAACAAGGUGGUGGAUGUUCAGCUUGUUCAGAGCUCAGAGGUCCCCAACAGCUCAUGGUGUGAGCUUGAAGGGCUCAAGCGCAGUGUUGGCCUGCUGAGGGGAAAGGACCUGCAUUUAGCAACGCUGAUCACGGACCGUCAUCGCCAGGUUGCCAAAUGGGUGAGAGAGGAGCUGAGCCCUGAAGGAACACAGCAUUAUUUUGAUGUGUGGCACAUUGCCAAAAGUCUGGGGAAGGCAUUGGAUGCAGCUUCAAAAGAGUGUGACCAACUACAGCUGUGGAGGCCUGCUAUAGUGAAUCACCUCUAUUGAACUGCAGCCUCAACCCCAGACGGCAACCCAGCAGUCAUGGAGGCUAAAUGGAAAAGUUUAGUCAACCACAUCCAGGACAUCCAUGACCAUGACACCCCUGCUUUCUCCAGUUGUGCCCAUGGCCCUCUAGACGGGGAUCAGCGCAACAAAGAGUGGCUGGACCCAGGCUCAUUGGCAGCAGUAAAGUUGGAGAACAUAAUCACGAGGACUGCCUUACUGAAAGAUGUUCGACAGCUGUCUCCACAGCAUCAGACAUUCUCCCUUGAGGCUUACCACUCCCUCAUCUUGCACUUCGCACCCAAGCACACAGUGUUUUCAUACGUUGGGAUGUAUAGCAGGCUUCUCUUAGCG